GGGUCAUCUGUGUCCAAGGCUGCCCUCGAAGCGACCACGGAUGAGCUCGUGGAACCAGACUCGAAACACCUAGCUGGACUGGGGAGAUUGGAUUUUCCCUCCUCGUCACCUCCGAUCGGGCCUAGAAGAGAACUACGGGACUUUUAAACUCCAAACUAUAUCACUCACUACAUUAAUGCAUCAAAUAUGGGUGUCAAACGCCUGGCGGAUGUUCUUUCUGAGAAAGCGAAGAGCAGCAGCUGGGUGGUGGUGUUCAAAGCCCUGAUUACUGUUCAUCACCUUAUGGUGCAUGGAAAUGAGCGUUUUAUCCGUCAUCUUGCGUCUCGAAGCUCUUUGUUCACUUUACACAACUUCCUGGAUAACAGUGUCAUAGAAGGCUAUGCUAUGUCAAUCUUCAUCAGACGAUACAGCAGGUACUUGAAUGAAAAGUCACUCGCAUAUAGACUGAUCGCAUAUGACGUCACCAAAACCAAAAGAGGGCUGGAUGGCUUUAUGAGAAAUAUGAAUACUAAAGACCUGCUAAACACACUUCCAGUUAUUCAAACUCAGUUUGAUGCUCUUCUUAGCUUUAAUGCAAAUGCAAAUGAGCUAACUAAUCGUAUAAUACGUGCUGCUUUCAUGCUCCUCUUUAAGGAUUCUCUUCGCCUCUUUGCAGCCUAUAAUGAGGGAAUUCUCAAUCUGCUAGACAAGUUUUUUCACAUGACGAAGCGCCAGUGCAAUGAAAGUCUGGACAUUUACAUCAAGUUCCUUGCAGGAACAACCAAAUUGGAACAGUUCCUGAAGGUUGCAGAGCAAGUUGGAAUCGACCAGAACAACAUUCCAUAUCUUACUCAGGCACCCAACAGUUUACUUGAAGCACUGAAACAGCACUUAGCUUCGUUGGAUGAGAAAAAUGAAGUUUUUCCUCCUUAUAGUCUCCAGCACUCAUUGAUUCAAUCCAUCUCAAAGAAUUCAUUUAUGAAAGCUUCAUCAAGGCAAAAUUGGUUUUCAGGUCACAAACCUGUUAAAGUCAGACAACGUCAUGGAGCCAUCUUAGAAAACAACCUGGAUGACUCACUUGCUAGUCUUGUAGAAAGUACACAUUUUAAACUUGAAGAAAUCCCAGUCAACAAAUCUGACACCAAUUGCCAUCAAUCUUCAGAGGCGGAGUUUACUGAGAGAAUCAACUGGCAGUUGAAUAUGGAUAACUACAACUACGCAUCAGACUUCUGGGAUCCCGUGUCCAUUUCGCCCCUUCUCCGCAUGGUACCAAUCCCAGUGUCUUAUCCAGUGAAUUCAGAACCAGAGCCUGUGUAUGGAGUGAUUCCAGCUUCAGUGGGAGCUCCUUUUCCAAUAUCACUUCCAUCCAUGGAUUAUACCCGGCAAGACUUAGAGACCAACAGACCUCCUACUCUAUUCACAGAAAAUCAGGUACAAUUCAUGUAGAAGUACCGAAGCAAAAACCACUGGAAUCCAAUGGUGGGGGAAAAGAAACAGUGAUCUCUCUACAGCCGGAACAAAAUCAUCAACAUCAUCCAAGUAAAAUAAACAUGCAAUACUGUUGAGAUCUCUCCAAUAUAUUCAAUAUAUUGGAAGUGAUGCAUUCUA